AUGGAGAAGAAUACUACACAACGGGAGGAAGAAAUGCUUGAGGACUCUAGUUCUAGAGUUAGUCAUAGUAAGAGACCGCGGGAGGAGGAUGUGGAAGAAGAGUGGAUAGCGGUAGGAAGAAAUGGAAAGAGAGUGGGACAGAAGGUUGAUGUGUACAUUAAUAAUUCCGAAAAGCUACCGAAGCAAUUCGCGCUUGCUAAAUUAUUAAGGUCUAAUAACAUUAGUAGUGUUAGCCGGGUAAAAUAUAUAAACCCCUAUAAAGUGUUCAUACAGUUUGAAAAUGCAGAAAGUGCUGAGGAGUUGAUCAAUUGCAAACCUUUGCAAGAUUUAGGUUGGAGAUGCCAAAAACCACUCGAAGUUGUUAUAUCUUACGGCGUUAUUAAGAAUGUAGAAUUGGACUUGAGUGAAAAAGACAUGUUAGAAGGUAUUUCAAGCAAUUGUGAACUGAUAGCGGUAAAACGUUUAAAACGCAGGAAUAAGGACGGUAACGGCUGGGAAGAAAGUGAGUCAAUACGUCUGGGGUUCAAGGGUCCCUCACUACCAAUGUGUGUCUACAUCUAUGGAAUGAAGAUAAAUGUCGACCCGUACGUGUUCCCAGUUACCCAGUGUUCAAGGUGCUGGCGAUUUGGGCACUCCUUGCGUGUUUGUCCAAGCAAAAAGGUUGUGUGCCCUAAGUGUGGCAAAGGUCACGCUAACUGUGAGACUACCUCAUAUAAAUGUGUGAAUUGUACAGGAAACCAUUUAUGCCUGGAUAGAUCGUGUCCUGCGUUUAAAAAAGAGAAACGAAUUCGUGAAUUGAUGGCAGAGUUUAACUGCUCUUAUAGGAAGGCGUUGCAAGUAUAUGUUCCACCAGAACCCGUCCCUACACUGCGCGUAGAACGAUUUAAUUUAACUUCACCGGCAGGCCUUAGUGUGUUUCCCGAGUCUGUGCCUGAACAUGUACCUAAUCAGUCACAAGACAUAAACGUUAUUUCCUAUGCAAGCGUGACCCGAGCGCCGCGUUGUGAUAGUAUCAUUCGACAAUCACAACCUAAGCAACCGGGCUCAACGAAUGUUUCUCAAUCAUUAGAGCAGAGACCCAAGAAGAAAAAGAAACAAAGUCAAAAUGAAGGGUAUAACAGGGAUGUAUCUUCGGAAUCAGAAACAAUGAAUAGUAAUUUAGUCGAUGAGUCGGAAAAUGAAAUUCGGUUGAGAAAUGAGAGAAAAAAGAAAUGCAGAUCUAGUUUAAAUUUGAAGCAAUUGCUUGCAAAAUUAUAUGCAUUAAUUUCUAACUCACAAGAAGAUUUAAAGAGUAGAAUAAUUCAAGGAGUGUCACUAUGCAUUGAAUGGUUGGUAUCGAUAGUGGGGGAAUACAUCUGGGACCUUCCUUUUAAAAAUAUACUCGGAGAGGAAGGAGCUUGCUUCGACUUACCGGACAACUUUUACCCGGAUAAAUACAAAGCGCUGAGCAAUACCUUGUCCAGCAGAUUUGGUUCUGACGCGCAAAGGACUAUUCCUGUGCGAAACAUCGCACUACCAAACCUACAGUUGCCGAUGGAGUUGCCGUACAACGACCAGUUCUCUCUUUUCAUUCCUAAACAUCGUCAGAUGGCCGGAAAACUCAUUGAUGUCUUCAUGGGUAUGCGUGACUUAGAGGACUUGCAGUCCGUUUGCUCAUUCUGCCAGCUGCGAAUCAAUCCAUACAUGUUUAAUUACUGUUUAUCCGUUGCGCUAUUACACAGACCUUAUACAAAAGGCAUGAACCUUCCAACUCUAACAGAGACGUUCCCGGACAAAUUUAUGGACUCAAAAGUAUUCCGUCACGCUCGUGAAGUCAGUAACGUCGUCACGACAGGCCCUAGGAUGCCGGUUAUCAUACCGCAAAACUAUACUGCGUCGGAUUCGGAACCAGAACAGCGUGUAGCGUACUUCCGGGAAGACAUUGGCAUUAACCUACACCACUGGCACUGGCAUCUUGUCUACCCCUUCUAUGCGUCUGAUCGAGCCAUCGUGAAUAAGGACAGGAGAGGAGAGCUCUUUUACUAUAUGCAUCAACAAAUUGUUGCCAGAUAUAACGCUGAGCGAAUGUGCAACAAUCUCGGACGUGUAACUCGUUUUAACAAUUUCCGCGAGCCUAUUUCUGAAGGAUAUUUCCCCAAACUGAAUUCCCAAGUUGCUAGUCGAACUUGGCCCCCAAGAUUUACGGGAUCCAUCAUUCAGAACUUGGAUAGGCCAGUAGAUCAAAUCAAAAGCGAAGUCUCUGAUCUGGAAACUUGGAGAGACCGCAUUAUCCAGGCCAUCGAGAAUAAUGCAAUCCUUUUGCCUAAUGGUCGUCAAAUGCCUUUGGACGAAGAGACCGGAAUCGACGUGCUCGGGAACAUUAUGGAGUCUUCAAUCAUCAGUCCCAACCAGUCAUACUAUGGGAACAUGCACAAUAUGGGACACGUCUUUAUCUCAUACGUCCACGACCCAGAUCAUCGCAAUCUUGAACAAUUUGGCGUAAUGGGUGAUUCUGCAACAGCCAUGCGAGAUCCAGUGUUCUACCGUUGGCAUGCUUACGUUGAUGACAUUUUCCAACUGCACAAGAAUAAGUUACCAGCUUAUGGCAACAACAAACUGGAGUUUCCCGGUAUCCGAGUGGCAUCGAUCGCUGUGGAAGGUAAAGCUGGAAGGAAUACAUUCGCAACGCACUGGGAACAGAGCACGGUAGAUUUGGGCCGUGGGCUGGACUUCACUCCGCGUGGCAGCGUACUGGCCCGCUUCACGCAUCUCCAGCACGAGGAGUUCAACUACGUCAUCCAGGUGAACAACAUAACUGGUAGAAAUGCAAUGGGCACCGUGCGAAUAUUCAUGGCGCCAACUGUUGAUGAGAAUGGUACUCCCCUACCCUUCGACGACCAAAGGAAACUCAUGAUUGAGCUGGACAAGUUCUCAACAGCAUUACGUCCCGGAAUGAACAUGGUGACAAGAAGAAGCCUGGACUCCUCAGUGACGAUCCCGUACGAACGUACGUUCCGCAACCAAGCCAAUAGACCAGGAGACUCCGGUUCUGCGGAAGCCGCCGCGUUCGACUUCUGCGGUUGUGGAUGGCCGCACCAUAUGCUCCUACCUAAAGGAACUACAACGGGAUACCCUAUUGUCCUAUUUGCCAUGGUGUCCAACUGGGCUGAUGAUAGUAUCAAACAAGACACCGUAGGCACUUGUAAUGAUGCUGCUUCAUACUGUGGCAUCCGCGACCGGCGUUACCCAGACCGUCGUGCAAUGGGCUUCCCCUUCGACCGCCCAGCUCAUAAAGGCGUCAACACUUUAAACGACUUCCUCCUGCCCAACAUGGCAAUGACUAAUUGCCGAAUAAAAUUCACCAAUGCCACCAGGGAAAGACCUAGAAAAGCCUAA